CCACCCGAUUAAAAAAAAACACCGUAUCAAUUCUGCCACCGGGCGGGGUUACACGCCUGAAUGAAACAAAAGCGUCAUAUUGUCGGUAUAAAUGUCAGUUUUUAGCCGUUAGGUGUGUUUUAAAGUGCUCUGAGAGUGUUCAGAGUGAGUCAGGAGGUGUUCAGCCAUGCACUACUGGAGCCUACUUCCCUCUCCCCACCCCCACCGUGCCUCCGUCUCUACCAGACCUAAAGGGCGACUCAAAGCGCUUAAUUUAAAACUCCACACGGACUAAAACUACUCCGACUCAAGAGCGCCUUCGUCAAAAUUGUUUCCAAGUCAACAGUUAUGGGAGGUUUCGGCCCUAUAAAAGCACGCCGCCGAGCUCGCAGCUCUAACAGCGGGCAGCAAUGGCUUCAUGUGACUGCAUCGAAAUGGCUUCUGGGUUCAACCCUUCGCCGUUAACAGAAAAAACCCGGGUACAUGAUGUUUUCUGUGGGAUACGAAGCGGGCUGACGCGGUGCACUGCACUAAGUGCUCCCCGGUCGCACCUGAGCUCGCGAGCUCAUCUGCCGUGAAUCUCCACGUUCCAAAAUAGAAUUCAUCCUUUUUCUUUCAAUUCCAUCCGUCUCCUUCCCUCUCCUCCCCCAACAAGCCGCUCUCGUGUUAGAUAACGAAAACCCGCUUCUUUUCCUCUCUCUCACUCACCAUUUUCGUACUUUCUCGAUAGCGGCCAUAACCCUCUUGAUGUCAUCUUUCGCCCUGCUCCGGGUCUCAGCUCGGACCGACCUGCCCGACAUUGCCGCGAGCGCUUUUAGGCUCCUGCGGCUUUCAGCAUGAACGAAGAAGAGCUGGUGGAGUAUUUCGGGGCUCAGAUGACGGAAGACCCGGACAUGGCCUCUGCGGUGGCCGCGAUCCGGACCCUGCUGGAGUUCCUCAAGAGAGACACAGGUGAGACCAUCCUGGGUCUGAGGGAGAGUCUGACGUGGGCCACAGACCGCCUGAAGGGCGUGGACUCGUCGGUGGCCGUGUCGUCAGGAGGAGAACUCUUCCUGCGCUUCAUCAGUCUCACAUCACUGGAGCACCAGGAUCUGUCUCGCUGUAAGAAGGUGAUGGAGGAGAGAGGAGAACUCUUCCUGGAGAAGAUCUCCAUGUCCAGAAACAAAGUGGCUAAGCUCUGUCACACCUUCAUCAAAGACGGAGCUAAAAUCCUGACUCACUCGUACUCCAGAGUCGUGCUCCGAGUUCUGGAGAAAGCUGUAGAGGAGAAGAAACGCUUCUCCGUUUACGUUACUGAAUCUCAGCCGGACUCAGCCGGGCGUCAGAUGGCGGACGCUCUGAGGAAACUCAACGUUCCUGUAACAGUCGUUCUGGAUGCAGCUGUGGGGUAUGUGUUGGAGAAGGUAGACCUGGUGAUAGUCGGAGCAGAGGGAGUGGUGGAGAGCGGAGGCAUCAUCAACAAGAUCGGCACGUAUCAGACGGCCGUGUGCUCCAAAGCUCACAACAAACCUUUCUACGUCGUGGCGGAGAGUUUCAAAUUCGUCCGCCUCUACCCGCUCAACCAGCAGGACGUGCCUGAUAAAUUUAAGUACAAAGCCAACACCCUGAGGGAGUCCCAGAACCUGUCGGAGGAGCACCCCAUGGUGGACUACACGCCUCCUUCCCUCAUCACGCUGCUCUUCACCGACCUGGGCGUCCUCACGCCGUCCGCCGUCAGCGACGAACUCAUCAAGCUUUAUUUAUAACUCUCAAUAAAGUCCAUUCAUCAGCAGCUGAA